UCACAGAUAAGCUGGAUGUGAGUGCUGCUCCGUCUCCUCCUCAGUGGAGAGCUGCUCCCAGGAUUACCUCCAUUUGAACGGGUAAGGGCCCUCAGUGACAUGAAGAUCCAACCUCAGCAUUAGAGAUGAUAUUAAACACUUGGAUUUCUGGCGUACUGGAACAACAUGUGAAAAUGAAUCCCAGCCUCCUGCUGUGCAACUAGCACUUCUUUGAUGGGCACACAGACAUUUCAUCAUGGCUGCCAUGGAUGAUUAAGACUAAAACUGCUCUCAAGGGCGCUGUAAACUCAGAGCUGUUUCCAAAAUGUGCGAUCGAGGAGAGCCCUUUGGUGAGGGGGAGUUGAGAAAUAACAACCAGCAGGGAAGUGUGCUGGCUGACGGAGAUGCCAACGCCAAUGAAAUCGGGACAGAGGAUGGUGGGAGGACAGGGCUGAUGACUGAAACAACAGAGCAGGAUAAAGUCAUCAUCUGGGGUACGGACUCGCAGUGUGAUGACCCUGAGCUGGCUGAGUUUGAGAUGCUGGAGUGCCAGGAACUGGAGGCCUACCUGGUCGAGGAUGGCGAGGACUUUGUGGGACUGGCAGAGCGCAAGGCACUUCAAGAACAGCAGUCAUCUAGCAGCAAAGCCAGAGCAGAACAACCAGCAGAGACGAGCAGGGAGGAGAGGAAGUCUGAGUCUAGUGUGUCACAUGUUUCUGAGAGCAGAGAGGCAUCUAGGACGGAGUUAAGCUCAGAGACAGACGUCUUUGUGACCUGUCUGUCCACCAUUUCUAACAUGGAUACAGCUAUGGACACUGCAGGCAGGACCGGGACCACAGACUCCUGGCAUAAUGCCUCUGUAACCAUCUCAGAAGAUUUAACUCUGGUCUCGCAGACUUGCAGCGUCAUCACAGAGAGAAGUAAAGGGGAUUAUCCUUCACGCAAUUCUGGAAAAAGCACAAAACAAAAGAAAGAUGUGGACAUGAAUUUGAAUUCAACAGUUUGUUCGGAGGAUUUGCUAUCACAGGCACAUGGAAAUAUUCAGAAUCAGGAUGUCCUUGAUGAGAGCAAGAGGAACAAUAACCAGAAAAAUAAAGCCGAAAAUACCAUUUCAGAGAAAGACUUUGAUCAAAGGCAGAGCACAGAGCACAAGGGUUUACCCACUACAGCAAAACCACACAAGGAAAGCAGCACUAAAAUGGAUAAAAGCACACAAGCUGAUGAGGCCCCUGAUGUGAACUACAGCCCACCCAGAACAGGCACAAAAGGGACGCAGUCAUCCAUUGAAUCUAAAGCCAUAAAGAAACAAGGAUCAUUUGAUUCCUCUUUGAAAAAACAAAACUCUUUUGACAGGAGUUUUAAAAAGCAGCCAUCCUUUGAGAAUUCCUUCAAGAAGCAGCUCUCCUUUGAUAACUCUUUAAAAAAGCAGGGCUCUUUUGAGAAUAUGGCCACCUCCAGCUCUUCCAGUCUGGAGAGGAGGAAGCCGUGGGGAAGCCCCAGCCGAACAGCAGCGCCUCCUUCCCCUAAAACUACCUCCUGUUCCCCUAAGAGACGACCGCCGGGCUCUCCAGCUAAAGUCCAGGGUAUCAGGGCACUGAGCUGUGAGCGCAGUGACUCCCCUCAGAGAGGUUUCAAUCAAACAGUCAAACCAAUAGUGAAGACAAGUUUGAGCAGCGGCAUCCCUAAACCGGUCACCGCUCAGCAGAAAGACCCUGAACCUAAAAGAUCUUCUCCUCCGCAGAAACCUAAAAAUGUCCGACCAAAAAUCAUCACCUAUGUUCGAAAGAAUCCUCAAGUAAAACCAGACACUCCACUGGAAGCCUCCUCACUAAGACUCUCUUCUUACUCCAGCCCACCAGCUCAGAAAGAUCUAAAAGCUGGACCUCAGCCUAAAUCCACUCCAGUGCUGUGUUCCUCCAACCUGCUGUUUGAUAAGUACCGACAGGAGAUGCAGAAGGCGGGGAUCUAUCCUGCAGGCAUGGCUGUGACUGGAAUGAAACCUCCGAGCAGCUCCAUCGCUCAGAGGCAGAGCGGGAAGUCAGACAGUUUUCAUGAGGAUAUGCCUGAAAAAUACCUGCACGAGCAUGUCCAAGAAGGCAGCGGUGUGUACCGCUCCCCCAGAGCUCUGAGGCCUCAGCUGGGGUUAGGGGCCGUCACCAGGCAGCCUGCAGCCAAGACCAGAGGUCAGCAGACAGGUCAGCGGUCUGUGGUGGCUCCAAGUCAUCCUGCUCAGACAGCUGGAGUGUCCAGUCAGGGCCACCAGGCGCAUGCAGCAGAGCAAAAGAGGUCAGCAGAGACGACCGGGAAGAGCCUCCUGCUCAAACCAGGUCAGUCUGGCCUCCGUCCCCCGGGUUUCUCCGCCCUGCCAGCCGCCCGUCUGGCCACCUUUGGCUUUGUCCGGAGCUCCAGUGUGUCGUCUGUGUCCAGUAAUCAGUCCAACGACAGCGAUUCCAGCAGACCUACUCAGCACCCCAGCAGUGGCAGUGAUGAUACUCCCCUCCACAGAGCCACAGCGCCCUUGACUGAUGCCUCCUCCUCUCAGAGCCGCUGUCAGCCUCCAAACGCCCCCAGCCUGCAGCGCCGCAGUCUGCCGCCACAGCGCGGCUCCCCACUCAUCUCAAGGAAAGAAACACCGAAGGACAUUGAAGCUGAGCUGCUACUAAAGUCGUCUCCUAGAAGAUUUGCAGUUGUUUCUCCGAAGCCUCACUCCCCUGUUCGUUCACGGACAAUUUGUGGAGAUGUUCGUUCUGAAAGGAACCAGGAGUUGGACCGUGCUCUGAUCCAGCAGCUGCGUGAACGCUGUGAGCAGCAGGAGCUGCAGCUGCAGAGUCUACAGGCCCAGUUAAAGAAGGCAUCCCUGUGCAUGGAUGUGUUCAGCAUCACCACACAGCACUUCUGCCACAAGAGCGAGAGUGCCUUUGUGAAGGAGAGGGAACUGUCCCUGGAGCUCGCCAGAAUCAGGGAUGAAGUGGCUUUCAGUGUUGCAAACUGGGAGAAACUGCAGCAGGAGAAGGAGGAACAGGAGCGUCGUUUCGAGGCGGAGCUGCAGGGACUGCGGGCGAAGCAGCAGAAGGAGCUGGGAGCGCUGGAGGAGCGGCUGAAAGCUGAGCACAUGGCCGAGGCCGAGAGCCUGCAGGCCCAGCACCGAGGAGAGCUGGAGGAGAUACGAUUCAAGCAACAGGAGCAGAUUGAGGAGAUAACUGAGAACCAUGAGGCUUCCCUGAUGGAGAUGGAGACGACUCACAAUGACACUCUGGCUACGCUGCAGGAGGAGCACGCCAGGACCGUGAAGAAUCUGAAGAUGGCUCACGAACAGCAGACAAAGUCUCUGGAAGAAGAGUUUGAAAAAAUCAGACUGUCACUGCAGGAUCAGGUGGACACGCUGACGUUUCAGAACCGAAGCCUCAGAGAUCGAGCAAAGCGAUUUGAGGAAGCUCUGCGCAGGAGUACAGAUGAACAGAUAGUGGAUGCUCUGGCUCCAUAUAAACACAUUGAGGAGGAUUUGAAGAGUCUGAAAGAAGUUCUGGAGAUGAAGAAUCAACAAAUUCAUCAACAGGAGCUAAAGAUCACAGAGCUAGAGAAAAUACAGGCUGAAAAGAAUGUGUACCUGGAGGAGAGACUGCAGGUGUUGCAGCAGCAGAAUGAGGACCUGAAGGAAAGAAUAGACAAGAACCUCGCUGUGUCCAGGCAACUUUCAGAGGAAAACGCCAACCUGCAGGUUCAUGUGGAGAAGGAAAGCAACGAGAAGAAGCGUCUGAGUCGCACCAACGAGGAACUGCUGUGGCGUCUUCAGACAGGCGAGCUUAGCCCUCGUAUGUCCCCCAGCUCCUCCCCCAUCCAUCGACCCCCUUCUGUACAAGGCUCCCCCGCCCGCCCACACUCUUACCAUCAAUGACACUCUGAAUGAAAGCUCUUGUAUCAAACGCUUUCUUUUAUCUGGCAUUUUUAAACUCUUUGAAUGUUCCUCUCAGUGACAAGGGAUGGAUUUUACAUUAAGAAGAUGGACGGACACAUCAGAUUGUUUUUAAGGAAAUGCUGCUUGUUCUUGUGCUGCAUUUCCAAAGCAUAACCCUGGGAACUUUAACUUCUGACAUGAAGAAUUGUAUCUAUGAUCAAAAAGGGAAUUCUCUGCCCUCCAUUUUUUCUAUUCUCUCUGUGCGCCCACAAACAAACGUGCUGUGAUGCAGCAGAUAAAAAAUCCCAUCAUUGUAGACUUUAGAGAGCAAAAUCAGAGUUACUGUGCCUCAUUUUCAUGUUUUCACCACUAUCAGCAUCACCACCUUCUCAUCCAGCGCUCAGGAUGAUGGAUGUAAGAGACAAACCAAACGUGAAAAGUGCAACAACCAACUCAAGAAGCGCCUUCGCUGUCCAUUUCCUUUCCACCAGCAACUUUUAUCAAGGCACAGGCAAUACAAAUCUACCUGUGGUUAGUUACUCUGCGUGUGGACUCUUCUCUGGGGUUAGUUUGACCUUUUAAUGCUGAAAUCUACCAUUGAUCCUGAGUGUAUGACUGACUACCUAUCCAUUAAACCUCAAAUAUUCACCCUAGACCGCUGAAUUUAAGUAAAAGAUCUCAACAUCAAAACUCAUAAAUCAUUUCAACUGCCAACAAAGUGUAACUAUAGUAUGGAUAAUAAUUUGUUAAAAGUGUACAUGAAUUGCUCCCUUAAAGCAUGUUCUGUCUUCCAGUUCUAAUGAAUAUUAUAUAAGGAAUACCUUAGGUGUAGUUUCCUCUAAUUUAAAACAGAAGAGCAGGAUUUAUUAAAGAACAAGAAAUUAAUCAGUGUAUUGUACACUCAUGUUAGAUGGCGCCCCUCAUCUUCAGUCAGAUUAAGAACAAAAAAAAAUUCCCUUAAAAUAGAGAAAGUUCUGGACUUGUAGGAAGCACCAAAGAGGAAAUAAGACAGCAGUUUAUCAUGUACUGUAGCUGUUGUAUGUCUGGAGCGUCAUGCUGCAGAAUCAGCCAUAAAUGGUGCAAAAAUUGCAGUUCUAAAUGUAUUGAAAUCAAACUUCUCUGCAUCUGAGGUAUUGUUUCAGUUUGGUCUCUUUCUUUUAAAUGUACCUUUUUCGUCCCUGAAGGCGACUUGGAUUGUGGCUGUUUUCUCCAUCAAUGAUUGUUUUCUGUGUGUUGAACAAAGAUGGGCACCAAUAAUGAUAGUGUAACCUCCGUUAAUUCUUCAACUUUGAUAACAGUUAAUCCAGUAAUUUGGCCCAAAAUUUAAUGUAGUUAACUUUAGGAUUAAUGCUGAAACCUUUUGAAAGUCUGAUGACCCGAAUAUUUCAAAACUGCUCAGUUAUCAAGCCUUACACUGCUAGAAGGAUUCUUUUUAUUCUGACCAUUUCAGGAUCCAUUUAGCAUAGCCGCCGCAUUCUAGGCAUCCCUCAGAUCAGCUACAAGCAAUUAAGGAAGUAUUACUACACAAUUAUCAUUUUAAGUGAAAUGAGACAUUAAUUGUACUUCACUGUGGCUGCAGGGAGACAUUACUUUGGCUCAAUCAAAGAACGGGACAAUAAAGCAUGAGACUGAUGCGAUAAAAAAGCACUAUAAUACAUAAUGCAUUAAUGCUGACAGCCCUAAUCCAUAUAGAUUUCAAUAUUGCUUCAAACUUACAAAUAUCAUAAAGUUUUUAUCCACUCAAAGGGGGCUCUGGAUGUGUGUAUCUUUGUUUAGAUUUAGCAGUAUUUCACAAAUUGCCUGUGGCAUUUUAGCUGCUUAUUCAAAGCUCUCUGAAAUACAGGAGGCGCUAUCCUCAUGCUUUCAAAAUGGUGAUAAAGGAAACUGAAUUUAACUGACAUUAAUUGUUCCUCAAAAAAGCAUCCAGGUCAAAAAUAAAUAAAAUACACCAAUAAUCAUGAAGUUCUGGAUUAACGGACAUGUGCCCAGUCUGGUUUUCAGUCUCACCACUAAAACUUGAACGGCUAAUGUGAUGGAAACAGAUCAGCCAUUCUUUCUGCAGCUCCAGCUGACCUCACAGGCAGAAUUUACUUUAAAUUAAAAAAUCUAAAUCAAUCUUGUCCAAAUAAGAACAAAAAUCCUGAAAAUCUCUGAAACUCUUACCUCAUUUCUCAUUGUGGAGAAUAAUCUCAGGUGUUGAGGAGAAGCAACUGCCAUAGCUUUUUUUAUUGUACUUUAUUUUUUUUAAUUUUAUGCUUUUUUCAUGUUUACAUAACCUCUGCUCUACUGUCUGUUUAAAAUGAUAUCCUUAGUUAUAAAUCAUGUGGAUGUACAGAAUAUGUUCAGUCAUUUUAAAGGGAAGAGUGCAGUCGUCAGAUACACUCACUGACCACUACAUUAGGUACACCUGUUCAACUGCUCUUUAGUAAAUAUCUUAUCAACAAGGCAGCAACCAGCUCAUUAAGGCAUGGGGACAUGGUCAAGGUGAUGUGCUGAAGCUCAAAUUGGGUAUCAAGGUGAGGAUUUUCAAGCAGGGAGUGACAAUGAACAUGAUUCCAAAAAUUAAAGUCUGCCUAGAAAUUGGAAGGUAAUACAAGCAGACUGCCAGUCCAGUUAAAGCUGUGGGUGUUUUCUCCUCCAUUGUUCAUGUAAUAUCUGUUAAACUGUAGUGAAAGCAAACAUAAUAAUUUUUUUUUUUACAGGAUAAGUGCAAGUAUGAGCCGAGAAUAACAAGCUUUGCAGAGAUUUUGAUCCUCUUUUCAGUACAAAAUCCCAGCAAAUUAUCAGUUUGUGAAAAACUCUCACCAUCCCGUCUGACUCCGACAACCCUCAGUUACUUAAAUCACUUUUCUCCCUGAUUCUGAGGCUUAGUUUGAAUUUCAGCAGAUCUUUUUGACCAUGUCUACAUGCCUAGAUGGUUGCUGCCAUGUGAUUGGCAGGUUAGAUAUUUGCGUUAAUGAGCGUUUGAACAUUGUACCCAGUAUUGUGAUUACUGAGUGUAUUGCUCCAUUACAGUAAUAAGAUAUUUAUUAUCAGCUCCAUUAGACACAUUAGCAGCGUAGACAUGAGUUCGGUUGAAGGUGAUUUGCGUUUACUGUCAGGAUAAGUUGGUCACGUUGACUCUGUGGACUUUAGGAGGAGGAAAUGAUUUUCUCUCCAUCAGGUUCUCUGAUUGCACUGAUUGUCUCUGUGUCCUGUGGACAUGAUUUUGUGCUCAUUUACUGAAUGUUUGUCUCUAGAAAAAGAGCUUUUGUUUACAGCUUAAAUCCAGCGUCAGAGAAGGAUUUUUCAUGUGCUGUCUUUGGUUUGGACUCCUCUUGUAAAGAUCCUACUCAGUAUUUCAGCAGUUAUGGAUGAGUUUCUAUGAAAGCAUGUCUUUAUAAUAUUGUGCAUUAUUUGUGUUUACAUUUCUUGUGUGUUUAAUUUAUUUAUUAAUGUGUCCUCCUCAAGAACUGCACCUGUAGCUUAGCUGGUUAAAUUAUUGUGAUCAGUGAUGGGACACUAAUGUUUAAACUGUCUAUGUUGCACUUUGUAUUUAAGUAUUAAAUCACAAUAAGAAAAUAAGUGUACAGAUGGAGUCCCGGUUUGGAUUUAUGGCUUUAAAUACAUGAUUCUUUGUUUUACAUUUUGAACCUCUUGAUAUGGAAGGAAUCAGAGGUAGAAAAACCUGUACAUGACAAUUAUACUCAAGUCAAAGUACAGUUAUUCCGUGUAAAAUUACCCAAUUUAAAGUAGAAGUACUGGUCUAUAAAUCUACUCAUGUAAAAGUAAAAAGUAUUUACUUUAAAAUUUACUUUGAUGUAAAAAUCACUU